AUGGAAGUUGACACAAUUGACGAACCGAUAACAAAGGUGCAGAGCACGGGUGCCGUCCCCGUCGAGACCCGCACCCAACUGGUCCCUCGCCAUGAGCGCGAAAAGAUUCGACGGCUAAAGGAGGCCAACAAGGCGUACGGGCGCGGCAAGAAGAUCGAUACCAAGAACAUCAAGGACAAGAAGCUGCGGAGGAAUCUCAAGAGCCUCGAAUACAAGAACCAGAGCGCCGCGUUGAGGGCCAAGGAUGCCGAGAUCCUGCUCGAGAACACGGCCGGCUUCCUCGAACCCGAGACGGAGCUCGAGAGGACGUACAAGGUGCGGCAGGACGAGAUUGUCAGCGAUGUCGCCGUCGAGACAGCGCAGAAGCGGUUCGAGCUGAAGCUCGACUCCCUCGGCCCCUACCAAUUCGACUACACCAGGAACGGGCGGGAGCUCCUCAUGGGCGGACGCAAGGGUCACAUCGCCACCAUGGACUGGAGGGAAGGAAAGCUGGGUUGCGAGCUGCAGCUGGGCGAGACGGUCCGCGACGUCAAGUGGCUCCACAACAACCAGUACUUUGCCGUGGCGCAGAGCAAGUACGUCUUCAUCUACGACAGGAACGGUGUUGAGCUGCACAGCCUGAGGAAGCACCAGGAGGUGACGCACAUGGAAUUUCUCCCCUACCACUUUCUGCUAGCGACACUUGGCACCACCGGUAUGCUCAAGUACCAAGAUGUGUCGACCGGCGGCCUGGUGGCCGAGAUCCCGACGCGACUGGGUCAGCCCGUAUCGCUGGGCCAGAACCCGUACAACGCCAUCCUGCACGUGGGCCACCAGAACGGAACGGUGACGCUGUGGUCGCCCAACUCUUCAGAGCCGCUGGUCAAGCUGCUGGCGCACCGCGGACCGGUGCGGUCGGUGGCCGUCGACCGCGAGGGACGGUACAUGGUCUCGACGGGGCAGGACCAGCGCAUGGCCGUCUGGGACAUCCGCAUGUUCCGGGAGGUCAGCAGCUACUUCACGCGGCAGCCGGCGCACUCGGUGGCCAUCUCGGACCGGGGGCUGACGGCGGUCGGGUGGGGCACGCAGACGACCGUCUGGAAGGGCCUGUUCGACAAGAACAAGCCGGUGCAGGAGAAGGUGCAGAGUCCCUACAUGGCGUGGGGCGGCGAGGGCCGUCGCGUGGAGCGCGUCAGGUGGUGCCCCUACGAGGACGUCCUGGGCAUCGGGCACGACCAGGGCUUCUCCUCCAUCAUCGUCCCCGGCGCCGGCGAGGCCAACUUUGACGCCUUCGAGUCCAACCCCUUCGAGACGGCCAAGCAGCGCCAGGAGUCCGAGGUCAAGGGCCUGCUCAACAAGCUCCAGCCCGACAUGAUCGCCCUCGACCCCAACUUCGUCGGCAACCUCGACCUGCGCUCCGACCGGCAGCGCAAGGCCGAGCGCGACCUCGACGCCGCCGCCCCGGACGUGGCGGAGGACAUCCGCAACAGGGCGCGCGGGAAGAACGGAGCGCUCAAGAAGUACCUGAGGAAGCAGAGGAAGAAGAACAUCAUCGACGAAAAGCGUCUCCGCGUCGACGAGAUCUGGAAGGAGCAGCAGGACAAGAACAAGAAAAUGAGGCAGGAGCGGCAGGACGAUCUGGGGCCUGCCUUGUCGCGGUUUGCCAAGAAGGAGUGA